AUGCCAAGCAACAUCGAACAAGCUAUAUCCCUCGUCCUCUCGUCCCACCAAUCUCCCCAAGUAUCCACCGUCCUCAACGCAUACCUCCGCAUCGCAGGCUUCCCCCUAGCCACACCCGACGCCGUCACCCUAUUCGAACGCGCUUUGGACAAGCACCCGCACAUGGAAGAACGCCCGGCGGGGACCGUGGUGACGAAGGCUAUCACGGACGUUCGGCAGGACUACUACAUGAGGGUGUUGGAUCUGGGUAGUCUGGUGAUGCCUGGCAUUGUGGAUGGGUUGUACAAGUGCCCGUGCUGUGGCAGGAAUAUGAGCGAGGAUGAGAUGAAGAGGAAGGUGUUGGCAUUGGAGGAUGGGUUGGAGAUGGAGCAAUAUCAUUAUCUUGCUGCCCCCGAGAAACCGAAAAAGAUAAAGUCAAAACGCCGCAUCGCGACAAAGACAAAGGCCCGCAUGCGCAAAGCAAGACCGUUUGAUCCAUACGGUCCGUCGACCAGCGCUUCUUCCAUGUGA